UUAUGUAAACAAACAUUUUCGGAAUUUUCGGACUCUGGAUUAUAAUAAUUUCUCUUGGCUCUCAUUAUUCUCACAAUGAAUUAAUUGUCAGCUGCAAUUUGUAAUAACUUUCCAUGAAAAAGCACUUGGAUUUUUACGCCGUUUGGAAUUUAGUUUUCGUUUUGUUUCUGGUGUCUGUCAUGGUUUACAUCACGUUCGUCGGCUUCUGAUCGAGUGAAUCACCCUCGGCUUAUCUCGCUUUUGGGCAAAUAGUGGAUGUUACGUAACAAAAAAACCAUCCUUUGGCUGCUGCUGCCCAUCCUUUUUGCGUCCUUCGCCUACCGAGACCAAACCAUGUCCAUCUACCGCAGGACCGUGUGGUUCAUCAAAGGCAUGCGCGAGUACACCAAGUCGGGUUACGAGGCGGCCGCGAAAAACUUCAAGGAAGAGGACCUGAAGGUUGACUGCUCUGGAAAGUCUUAUAUGAUCACAGGUUCGAACAGUGGCAUAGGCAAGAGCAUGGCCUUGGAGGUGGCUAAACGAGGAGGCACCGUCCACCUGGUCUGCAGAAACAAAACCGCCGCUCAGGAGGCGUGCGAUGAAAUCAAGACCUCCACAGGAAACAAUAAUGUUCAUGUGCAUGUCCUGGACGUGUCCAAACCAAGAGACGUCAUCAAUUUUGCACGGAGUUUCAAUGAAAACCUGGACGUUUUGGUGAACAAUGCAGGGUGCAUGGUGCACACAAGGGAGGUGGAUGCCGACGGCCUGGAGCGAAAUUUCGCCACCAACGUACUGGGCACCUUCCUGCUGACCAAAGCCCUGCUAACCCGCCUUGAACAGUCGUCGGACCCAAGGGUGGUCACCGUGUCCUCAGGAGGGAUGCUGAACCUCAAGCUGGACCCCGAGGACCCGCAGUGUGCCAAGAUGAAUCCCUUUGAGGGCACCAUGGUCUACUCGCAGAACAAGCGUGGCCAGGUGGUGAUGACUGAGCACCUAGCCAGGGCGCACCCCGCCGUCCACUUCUCGUCAAUGCACCCUGGGUGGGCCGACACCCCUGCCGUGCGCACUUCAAUGCCCUCCUUCCACAAUGCCAUGAAGAACAAACUGCGCUCACCCGAGCAGGGCGCCGACACCGCCGUCUGGCUUGCAAUUUCACCUGCGGCCAGGAAGCAACCUUCUGGCCUCUUUUUCCAAGACCGAGUGGCAGUUUCAACGCAUUUACCGUUGGCCUGGACCAAGUCGACGCCUGAGGAGGAAAAGGCGUUCAUGCAGACCCUUGAUGACUUCUGGCACAAGUUCAACAGGUCAGAUUGAAACCCAGUACUGAUUUAUAUGUACUUUUUCUAUUUACCAUUCAUAAUUUGUGAUUUCAGUUUAAGCUAUUUGUAUUUUAAUUAAUUGAAUUUAGCUUUGUGCAAAUCUGGUGCUAAUACAUAAGAAAAUGAAAGUUUCACAUUGAAUAAAUCAAAUAAACAAAGAUAAUGUUCAUAUAAAUUGAAAUAAAUUUAUU